AGCGGCGGAGCGGCCGGACUUGCCUUGCCCUGCCCGCACAGCAGCGCUCGCCCGCGGCUGUGACCUCCCGUAGGGCUGCGAGCGUGGUGAGGAACUCUCUUCACACGUAAUUCAGUUCUCUUCUAGACAUAACCACCAGGUAGAUUAUGAACAAUGAAGAGCAUUGCCAGAAGCGUUUUGCAGUCAGUUAAGCACGGCCGAGCUGCGUGGCUGAGGAACAGCUCUGCUUACUCUGGAAAGCAGCAUUUUCGCAGGCUGGUUUUGGGAAUAGAGACGAGCUGUGACGACACCGGCGCUGCUGUGGUGGAUGAAGCUGGCUGUGUUCUGGGAGAAGCACUGCACUGUCAGAAGGAAGUUCAUUUACAAACAGGAGGAAUAAUUCCCGUGGUGGCACAGCAGCUUCACAGAGAAAACAUCGACCAAGUGGUUCAAGAGGCCCUUCGUGCCAGCGGCGUUUCUGUGGCUGAGCUUGCGGCUGUGGCAACCACAGUGAAGCCCGGGCUCGCUCUGAGCCUGGGCGUGGGGCUGCAGUACAGCCUGAGCUUGGUCAGCAGGCACCAGAAGCCCUUCAUCCCCAUCCAUCACAUGGAGGCUCACGCACUGACCAUCAGGCUCACACAUCACCUGGAAUUUCCCUUCUUAGUUCUCCUGAUCUCUGGAGGCCACUGUCUCUUGGCAGUAGCACAAGGAGUUUCAGAUUUCCUCCUGCUUGGACAGUCCAUGGAUAUCGCACCGGGUGACAUGCUGGAUAAGGUGGCACGAAGACUGUCUCUCAGAAAGCACCCAGAGUGCCACAGCAUGGCUGGGGGGAAGGCCAUAGAGCACCUGGCUCAGACUGGGAACCAGGAACUGCUCACCUUCCCACUGCCCAUGCAGCAGUAUCGCAACUGCAACUUCUCUUUCUCCGGACUUCAAAACCUUGUCAAUAAUGCCAUUGCACAGAAAGAAAAAGAAGAAGGUAUUCAGGAAGGUGAGAUCCUGUCCUGUGUUAACGAUGUUGCUGCUGCUGUACAGCAUGCAGUGACUGUUCAUAUUAUCCAGAAGACGUACCGAGCCAUGCUCUUCUGCAUCAAAAACAGCAUAUUACCAUCAAAAAAUGCCACUUUGGUUGUAUCAGGAGGAGUUGCAAGUAAUCAGUAUAUCCGAAAAGGUCUACAGAAUCUGGCACAUGCAAAUGAUUUUGCUUUACUGUGUCCUCCUCCAAGACUCUGCACUGAUAAUGGUGUUAUGAUUGCAUGGAAUGGCAUUGAAAGGUUACGUGCAGGACUGGGGGUGCUACACAGUGCUGCUGGCAUCCGCUACGAGCCAAGAGCUCCCCUGGGAAUUGAUAUUUCAAAAAGAGUUGAAGCAGAGUCCAUCAAGGUGCCAAAAUUAAAAAAGAUACGAUGGUUGGCAUCUUAA